AUGGCUGGGCUGACGUUGUAUGAGAGGCAACCGCUGGUGCAUGGGUGGGGGAGCCUGCAGGGCAACAUCAAGAAGGUGGGAGGGGGUGCGUCCCAGAAGCAAGAGAGGGACACGUCAUCCCAUCACCAUAAGAGGCUCAAUGGCAACCAUGAGAACAGUUCUAUAAAGGGAUUUCCCCCUGUCUCUGAACAUCCACAUUCAGGUGUGGACGGGACGGUGAGUGGCUGGGAAGAGGCCAAAAUCAACAGCUCCAACCCACUGCGUUAUGACCGCCAGAGCGGGCAAUUUAUGGUCACCCGGGCUGGGCUGUACUACCUGUACUGUCAGGUGCACUUUGAUGAGGGGAAGGCUGUCUACCUGAAGCUGGACCUGCUGGUGGAUGACACGCUGGCCCUGCGCUGCCUGGAGGAGUUCUCGGCCACAGCUGCCAGUUCCCUUGGGCCCCAGCUCCGUCUCUGCCAGGUGUCCGGGCUGUUGCCCCUGCGGCCAGGGUCCUCCCUGCGGAUCCGCACCCUCCCCUGGGCCCAUCUCAAGGCUGCCCCCUUCCUCACCUACUUUGGACUCUUCCAAGUUCACUGAGGGGGCCCUGGUCUCCCGAUGGUUUGCCAAGGCCGCUGGCUCCCCAAGGCAGCUCUCUGAGCACCCCAGUCCCCUCUUCCCACCCUGAGCGGCUCCUCCCCCCGACCUGCCUCUCCCUCUGUAGGCUGCCAGGGCACGCUCAAGAGAUGUCCAUGCCACAGAAAUAGUCCCCUCAUCUCUGACAGCUCCCCGCACCUCCAGCUCUCCACCUCACUAGCUCCCAAACCCCCAUUUAUCUCCUGACUCCCCACCCUGGCCACAGCCCCCCAGGACACUGUGUUUACUCUACUCUGGGUGACGAUGGGUCCUGAAUACCCCUCUUCAGGCACUAAGAGGGGCUGGAUGCCAGAGAGACUGGGACUAGGCCAGGAGUUCCCGAAUGUGAGGGGUAAGAGACCAAGACAUGAUAAUUCCUCCCCUGAUAAUUCCCUGUGGAUUUUUAAAACAGAUAUUAUUUUUAUUAUUAUUGUGACAAAAUGUUGAUAAGUGGAUAUU